UUACAAUAAAAUAACUCAACACACGUGACUCUUUGCUAGGGGAGUACCCUUUUGAUAUGUCAAUACUGUAGUGUAUGUAUCGAGUGCUCAGACACUUUCCCGAUCUUUCCUGUACUAGUCUGUGAGACCAGCUUCUUCAUUGGCUAAGAGAUUGAACAUCAGUGAUUGUAGUGACCACUGCACCUGUGUACGUGUCAGGCACUCCAGGCCAGCCUACAGGACUGGUUGAACAUGUCGGGUGAACAAGACGCUCCUGCAAACCAACAGGUCCUACAGACUCUCGAGUGUGAUAUCUGCAACGAGGAGUACGGAGAAGACUUUAACCAUGUCCCUCGGAUAUUGAGAUGUGGACACACUCACUGCACCAGAUGUCUACAAAACAUGAUGAUGGCCAGGGGGGUCAAGUGUCCUGUAUGUGCUCAGCUACACCCGAUAGGACACCCUGAUAUCACUCAACUACCUCCCAACGUGGCUCUGUUUGAGAUCCUCCAAACGCGACGUGGUGAUUGUCAGGACACUGUAUCUCAGCAGCCCCUCUGUGAUGUGUGCCAUGAGCAACCCACCACCAUGGUAUGCAUUGACUGCCAGCCUGGAUUCCACUACAGGUUCUGUGAGAAAUGUGACAAAUUGGAACACGAACGCAACUUUGGACCUGUUAAACGCCACCGUCGUUACCAGGCCAACCAAGUCCCUGCACUCAUGACCUUUGUACCCUGUAAUCGCCACGGAGAUAGAAGGGCAGUCUACUACUCUGAGAGCCGCAAAGAGUUUGCUUGCAACGCUUGUGAAGUGCAAUCUGAUUGGAUAUUUCGAUCUGAACAUUUCGAGCUGAUUCCAGAAUGUGCCAAGAAGGUGCGUGCUAGUGUCCAGAGACUGUAUCAGACAGGAGGGAACAUCAUCGGAAGUUUAGCUGCCUCAAAAGUUAAUAUUGAUGCCAUACUCAAGCAGCUAGGACCGUCAGCUUCUACUGCUAAAGCUAACAUUUCUAGUCAGUUUGCAGAGAUUAUCAGCCGAAUACAGUCCCGACAGCAAAAGCUACUGAAUCAAGUGGAUAAGGAGUAUACUGAUCGUACCCGAUGUCUAGAGCAGCAACUUGUUCUCAUCCAAGCCUCGAGUGAGUCAUUCAAGAAAGCCCACGAUGCACUCAGCAGUCUCACGUCAGCUGACGACAACGAUUUCCUCAACUCUUAUCAUUCCAUCGCUGACAAUAUGGAAACGCUGAUACUCGCGGAGGACCGCAGUCUCCUCAAUCCACUCACAAGCCAUGAAAUCCCGUUAGUAAUCUCACCAGAAGUUGUCCAAAAGCUUUCGUCCCUGGGUGCUGUGUGUGGGGGGCAGACGCCCACUGAGUUACACGCUAAUCCAUCCCCUAACAAAAACAACAUCCUCUCUCUCUCUUGGGAAACGGGCAAAAAUUGUGAAGCAAAGCAUUUUGAAAUCGAAUUUGAGCAGCUUGACAAAUAUCUCAGCACUGUUUUAAAGAGAUCACAUGAUCAGCUCAAGUUCUCCCAGACUGAGCCACAGUUCCAGAAAGUGGCUGGAACAGAAUUGAAAACGUACGUCGAUUUCCUCUGCCCCGGAUACACAUACAGGUUUAAAGUGCGCUCCCAAAACGACGCUGGCUGGGGUAUGUGGAGCGAAUCAGUCAAGGCAAAAUGUGUCGAUUUCCCUGUGAUGUUUGAGUAUACGAAACGCAUACAUCGCAUCUGUAUACCUCUGAGUGCCCACUACCGAAUCACUGUUCAAGGAGCUAAAGCUACUGAUGGCCAGAAUCGAACUGGAGGGAAGGGAGCUAUUAUUUCUGCCACGUUUUCUCUGAAGCAAGGCGACAUUCUCAUCUUCCUGUGUGGGGGUAUGUCUCAACGACACGAGUACAGCUCUGGAGGUGGGGGAGGUUCCUUUGUGGCACUCAAUGACAUCACUCAGGAGAAUCUACUGAUUGUUGCCGGGGGAGGUGGGGGAACUCGUGGAAGAGACGAUGGCGACUACAACGGCUCUGAUGCUAGUCUUGAAGUCGAUGGAAUGGAUGGUCUCGGUCUUGAAAGCGCAAAAGGUGGUCGCAACGGAGAGGCUGGUGAAGAUGCUGACUUGGCUAAAUUCACUGGCCCACCCUGGGGAUAUGGUGGAGCCGGAGCAUUGAAGAAUGCGUCAACAGCUGAUAGUUUUCUCAGUGGAGGCAAGGGCGGUCGAAACGGUGGAUUUGGUGGUGGAGGUAGUGCUGGCUCCUGGGGUGGCGGUGGUGGGGGUGGCUACUCCGGUGGAGGUGGUGGGCGUGGUGGAGGGGGCGGAGGAAGCUUUGUGAGAAAUGGUGCUACUGAUGUUGAGAAGCAAGUUGGAAACGAGGGUGAUGGUUGUAUUGUUGUUGAGGUGGCCGAUCCUCCGUACCCUCUCGGUAGUCACACUGGUAGCUCUGGAUAUCUCACACCUGAUACUCGUGCUCUGCAUAGCUAUCCCUCGACUGCAAGCAGCACUGGGAGCAAUGGCAGCGCUGGAAGCAAAUUCGUAUCUCAGUCGUCAACUCUCUCGUCUCGAGCCAGCAGUGAUGACAUUCUUACGGACUUUAGUGAUAAACCUCGUCCCAUGCAACCCAUCAUCGAGUCUCGCCCACUGACUGAUCAAACUGCUGAUGCCACACCGCUCACCUUUCAAGUUUCUGACAGUGUAACUCAAUCACCUGCCGAAUUUAUUUCUGAAAUUAUCAAUUCCAAUUCGAUCAGUACACUAACCAACCCUCCGGAAACGUUGACGCCUGUUCAAGAGAUUUUUGAGAGAGUAUUACAACAACCUCUUGAAGGAGCCGAUUUCGUCCACUCGAAUGAACAGCCACGAGGUGAAGAGAUUGUGGCUAACUACCAGCAGGGGGCACAGCCUCAGGGGCAGUACGCACAGCCUCAGGGGCAGUCCUCUCAACCAUCUAUACGAUACACAGAGCCUGUGUACACACCGUCUACCCUCCACUCCUCGAACUCUGUACCUGUCACGAUGAACCAGAUGAUGCCUUAUCCUCCUGCCUCAGUCAUAUUCGGCCAACCGGGACCCCCUCCUGACUUGAACUCCUCACGGACAGAUUUCCACGUACUCUCUAAUUCAAGUACUCAGCACCCCUCUCAGCCUUGAGCCAAUGUCCCGGGCGAAAUUCGAUUGUUUUGAUCUAAAAAGAUUAUGUGAUUGCAACUGCAAUGAUUUGUCCUCUGCUGAGGAUAAUUGGGUGACGUAUUCAUUUCUGCACCUGUUCCAAUUUUGGUGCUGCUGUUCCCCUUAGCGACUGUUUAGUAGGUCGAACUCUCAUUGAACUAUUUGAACUAUUAGCUGUGUGUGUGUAUAACAUGUAUUGUCUGCAUGCUAAGCAUGUUUUGUGUAUUUGUAUUGUAUGUCAAUACUUUAUUUCUUGUGGCAUAAAUAAUUAUUAAUUUUCUGAAUUUGA